AGCAAAUGCCACAACAAAAUCUCUCUUUUCUUCCCUCUAAUCUGCUUAUACAAAGUUCUAAUUUCUUCUGUUUUGUGAAAUCAUGUCUCUAUCAGUUUCCAACCCCAUUGCUCCAUUGGUUCAUCCCAAACAUCCAGCCACCAAGGACGACCCAAGCCUAAGGCACUUGUCCGAUGAGACAGUCACCGCUCACAUUUACACGAAACACCGAGAGGAUGAUAGACUCAAGAUUGAUGUCGACAAUUACAUUGCACUUGUUGAAAGUAUCAUCACAACUGCUGAUCGAAUCACCGAGACUGUUACUCAAGGCACUGAAGGACGUUUGAUAUUCUCGGAUGAUUUCUUGAAGGUCAAUGCUGUCGAUGCACCCCUUUGUACCCUUCACCAUGUCGCAAGCCAGCUGUCUUGCAAAGCUCCAGGAAUAGAAAAAGCACAUGAAACAACCCUAGAAAUUCUUGAUAUAUUGGUAAGUUACCCAUGGGAGGCAAAAGCAGUGCUAACAUUGACUGCUUUUGCAACUGAAUAUGGAGACAUUUGGCAUCUCAACCAUUAUUCACUUUUAGACCCACUUGCUAAAUCAUUGGCUAUGAUUAAGCGAGUUCCUUUGCUUAAGAAGCAGUUAGAUUCCAUCAAAUACCGCCAGCUUCUUCUUUCUCCCAACAGUUUGAUCCACAGCUGCUUGCGCGCUAUGAAAUACAUUUCCCAACUCAAGAAUUUCGCUAAAUAUGAUAUCAAAGAGCUUUCCGAAUUGUCCUCUGUCCUUCGCCAAACUAGAUAA